CCAACCGGACCAGCUAUCGGACCCAUCAUGGAAGUCCAGCCAAGCGAAUAUGCGUCAGUUUCGGGUCUGACGCUUAUGAUCCCGUCUCUACCAGGUGGAUUGGAUGUGAUUCUUUUUAGAAAGAGCAGUGGAAAGAGCUGGAAAGCUGGAAAGAUCAUACAAGCAGUUCCCCGUGCACACAUAAAGAACCCAGUCAGGCCAAACAGUCGGUACUGACAAACCAGCUAGCUAGCAAAACCAGCAAGCAGCAUCCAUCAGCGAAGUGGAUGUCAAAGGAAGGAUCCAUCAGCCAUCCAUCAACUAACUCAUUCAUCUCUUCUCACAUUCUCACAAUUUCUUCAACUCUCAAACCAAAACACAAACAAUCACAAUCACCAUACAAAACACAAAGAUGGUUCUCUCCAACACUGCAAUUGUUCUUCCUGCUGACUUUAUUCCCACUGAACACACAAUCAUCAUUGGGCGUGGUCGAGUGGUCAAGCAGCACAGCGCCAAUAAGAAGUUUGACAAGAUGAUCCAAGCCAUUGCUGCUGACUACCAAGCAGCUCCUUGCAAAUCUGAAAAAGGCGCCAUUUUGACGCGUCUGAUUCACGAAAUUGGCUCUGCUGCUGACAUUGCAGGAUUUGUCCGUAAGGAUCCUACCACGGGCCACUGGACUUUGGUAGAAGAAGCAUUGGCCCGACAAACGGCAGCUCAAGCCAUGCGCAAUGCUCUUAGUCAUUCUUACCGAUCUUCCAAACAAUUCAAGUCCAAAAGACGCAUGCAGCAGAUUGCCCAACAACAACAGCAGCAGCAACUGACAAUGACAGUUCAAGUCCCUCCCCGGUGUGUAUCUCCCUCGGAAAGCAGCAUCUCCAGUCAGGAAUCUUACUGCAGCUACAGCAGCAGCAACACCUAUGAAGCCACGGAUGACACCCUCUCCCUCCUCCUGGCUGCUUUUGGAAACAAUGUCUCGAAUCAAACUGAAAAUCCAUUCGAGCCUACUCCUAUCAUUGACUGCUUGGAAUUUGACUGCUUUGAACCAAUCCCUCUGGCUCUAUAACUGAAGCAAACACUCCAACUCUUUCUUGCCUCCCUAUUACCAAAUACCUUAUACCAUCCUGUCAAUACGGUACGGUACUACAUGUACCAAGCCAUGUAAAAAAGAACAUACUGCUGUAAAUAAUAAUGAACAAAGAUAUCAAAUCAAACAAUACAAACCACGCAAAAACUACA